CCUGUCCAGCAGCUCAGUGCUACAGACAGUAUUAUAUUACUUAAGGAUAGGGGGAGCGGGAGCAGCACAAGCGCAGCCACUUCAGCGGCCAUGGAGAAGAGGACGGCGGAUUUUGUGUUUGUGUACCCCUCUAAACACACUCUGAACGAGUAUGUACACGAGUUCAUCAGGAUUGUUAAAGAAGACGCACUUCUAGAAGUCGAAGAAGAAGAAAUACCAGCUAAGGACGACGUGUUGGUAAAAAUAUAUGCCCCUUUCUGCCAACUGAGCAAGACGGCAGAAAUACUGAAACUUAAAAUGCCGCUACCGACCGCUUCAGAACCGCUGUCCCUGGCUGAGGAGGUCGUGACGUCAGAAAGUGGAGAAUGCCUGGACUGGAAUCUCUUGAUGAAGUGCUGGGAGGGUCUGGUCAGGAACUUUGAGAGCGAACCCCAGUGCGAGGAUGUGAGCACAACCUACACCCAUAACGAAGGCCUCUUCGAGAACAUUGAAGAGGAGGAGUCCUUCUUCCGGCCUGCACUGAGAUCUCUACUGGCAUACCACAUUCUUACCAGCAUUGAUGUAAGCAAGGAGAAAGGUGCAAAGCGUCAGAAAGGCUUGCUGUACCUGCAAAUGAAGGGAGCCAUCAAGACAUCCUUCACACUGCAUGAUCCGAGCGUGUAUUUUAAAAAGAACACUCAAAGCCAGAAUGGGUUCACGCUGCUAAGUGACAAUGAUAGCUUCAUAUCAAACAGGGACGAUAUAGCUUUACUCAACACAACGUGGGCCAAGCCCUACUUGAAGCUGCAGCCCCUCUGCAGAAUCAGGAAUUAUUUUGGAGAGAAGAUAGCUCUGUAUUUCGCCUUUGUUGAGACGCUGCAGUUAUCCUUGAUCAUUCCUGCACUUAUUGGGUUUUGCAUUUUCAUAUACGGCCUACAUUUAAGCAUAGUCUGUCAUCGUUCCACCAGUGAACAUCUAAUGGGGCAGAACAUUCAGACCCUGUGCCAGUCGUCUCAAAUGCUCAGCAUUGAAGUGAACAAAACUUUAGACAACAUCAGGGGGAAGUGCCACAACCUGGAGUGGAGAAGGAGGAUGAUAGUGAACACAGUUAACCAGACCUGCUUGAUAGGAGGCAGCUAUAUUCCAGUGCAGGUGACCUUUGAUGACGUGUCCACCAUUAUAAAGUCUUCUUUGGACAAUGAUGCCACGCCGGUUUUUGCUUUAAUUGUUUGCCUCUGGGGAACAGUUUUCCUUGAGCUGUGGAAAAGAAAGACAGCGACUCUUGCACACAAGUGGAAAGUAAAGGAUUACGAAAGCAACGAGCCGGAUCGAACUGAAUUUGUGGGAAGCAAAAUCAAAAAGGACCUGGUCACCGGGGCACAGAUAAUGUACUACCCCACCAAGCUCCGCUACAUGAAGAUCUUUGUAUCGUUUUCUGUUCUUCUGCUUUUGGUUGGCCUGGUUCUGGUCAGUGUAUUCGGGGUGGUCGUUUACAAGACCGUGACAAGGAUCUGGGUGCAGACUAAGAAUCCAGUGGAGAGCUACGUUCUGUCCUCAGUGGUCAGCGCGUUUCUCAACAUGCUGUCCAUCAUGAUCCUGGGACAGAUUUAUCAAAGAAUUGCUAUAAAAAUGACUGAAUGGGAAAACUACAGAACCCAAACUGCUUACAAUGAUGCCCUCAUUAAAAAGCUGUUUGCUUUUCAGUUUGCGAACAGCUAUGCUUCACUGUUUUAUAUAGCAUUCCUCAGAGGGAGCAAUCGUCAGGUCUUUAGAAAUGUGGGUCUGGAGGGGCUGGAGGAUGACUGCGGCAUGUUGAACAACUGCAUCUCCGAGCUCAGCAUUCAGCUCCUCGUGGUAAUGCUGCUCAAGCCGCUGCCAAAGUUCUGCAAAGACGUGAUAUACCCCUUCUUCUCCAGGUUUGUGAAGAGGCUGGUAGUCAAAACUUGCCUCACCAGAGACCAGGAGGACCCAGAAACCACACCUCUGAUGACUCGCUUUAUUCUACAUGAAAAACGGAAACCAGACCUCGGCAAUUUCACGCUGGAAGAAUACAACGAGAAAGUCAUACAGUACGGGUACCAGAUGCUCUUUGCAGCGUGUUUUCCUCUGGGGCCUCUUCUUUUCUUCAUCACUCUCUGGGUUGAUAAAUGGAUCGAUGCCAAGCGACUCUUGUGGAUGUACCGACGGCCUGUUGCCUGGAUAGCGCAAGACAUAGGUCCCUGGUACACCAUACUGGAAUUAAUCAAUGCAGUAGCGGUGCUGACCAACGCCUGUCUCAUUGCUUUCAGCGCACAGUACGGUAGAGAGAGACCUUUGGUUGAACAGCUAACAAUCUUAAUCGUUUUUGAGCAUAUUGUUUUUGUGGUGAAGUUCAUUGUAGCAAACAUUAUCCCAGACCUGCCCCAGAGAGUGAAACUGGCCAUCAAACAGGAAAGUUAUAAAGUUGAGAAGGAGAAAGCCAAGAAGAAAAAAAUGACAUGACAGCCAACGGGUAUGUACUGGUAAGGGGGAUUCAGUUGUUCUA